AUGCGACAGAUAGAGGCUAUAGAUAGUACAGGGAUCAAGGAAAGCAAAACCUGCAAUUACUCUCGACGUAUGAGGACGGCGGUUGCUCUCCAACUCAUGUUCCUCCCGGAAGUUCCUCGGCUACUCUCCAGCAUGAUUCGAGCAGUUUUCGGUGGCUAUACUACUUUCGUUGGACUCCUCCGAGCCUGUCAGUCACUCAGAGUUGGUCUGUUGGUCUGUCUCAAACGGCCAUGGUCACUUUUGCUCCUGACCAGCUGCCAGGAUACGCUUUUAGGGGCACGGUCGUUUCACCAUCGCCAGGGCGAAGAUCCCAAGGGCUUUCUCAAUGGCCCCCAGUGUCCUACGGUCGGAUCCGCACGUGGACUGGUCCUGAGCCUAAAGCGGACUCAGCUAUUCCCCAUCUUGGUCGAUAGCAGGCGUUCCUCGGAAUGGCAACAGCUCCUCACUGGAGAAAGCCGGGGUGAGCAAAUCAGCAAUCUGCGUUCAUCGGAAGCUGACUAUCGGAAGUUGAUGGGCGCCGAAGAAACUCCGGGAUCGUCCGCUAAGGAGUCACAUGGCCUCUUCUUGCCUUGCGGUCGCAGGAGUAGAUACACUCUGUGUCCUGUGCUGUCACUCCUACUCCGGCUCAUCUCAACUUCGACUCGGUCUGGGCUUCCGAUGGGUGCUACUGGACUUUCAUUUCCUCGUCCCCAGUCGAAGACCCGCCUUGCAGAUCAUAGCAUGAUAACAGGGAAUAGUCCGUUCACUUUUCUAGUUAGUCCUGGUCCAUCGUGCUAUCUAGUUUCUGAUUCGGAAUUUCAAAUCACCUCCAGCGAGCAAUCACCACUCGCCAUUUUCCUUCAGCCCCAACGGUUCUCCCCCACACGCACACAGACUAAUGCAGCUGGAGGAUCAUUUUCCGCGGAGCUAGUAUCCUUCCAGAUGUCCAUGGAGCAAUCUUUUCCUGAACCGUUCUCUCGAGGCCACCAGAGGCAGCAGCUUAAACUCAACAACUCUCCGAAUCAGUAUACAUCUCCGUCAUGGGGAAAAUUUAGACUUUCGUCCGAAAAUCGCCAAACGGGCGUUUUCCCGUUUUCGGAAGUACGCUGGGGCUUCAUGGCUCAACUGACAUUAUCGUGGUUUGUUCAUGCCCACGAGGAAACUCAAAGUCGUGUGCAGCCUUACAUCGACCACAUCGCUCACCCAAGGACUUCUCCAGUCCGGUCUGGUAGCGGAUCAGCCAGCCAUUCACUCCCUUCGGCGGCUUCCCCAACUCCAGGGUUCAAUCCGAGCUCGUGGCGGAUGUUGGAGACAGCCGUUGCGCCGGGCGUGCAUCUGGCCUUCUCGUUGGUCAACCAACCACAACACCAUGGUGCGUCAUCGGAGGCUUGCUGGCGAUUGAAUUCACGUGGAUGCGCGUGGAUUUCUUCACGGAUUAAUCAGUCGCUCGGCAGUGCGACAAUUCUAUUCGGAACCCAGGGCAAGUACGCUCGAGGCGACUUGGCCGAGACAAGCAUUAUCUCCGCUAUUACUCUCCUCUGCACACCAGUUCGCAGUCCUGACCAUAGAGGCCAUAUGCAAGACGGGGGUGAUGUGACACAACCAGCGGAGACGAGUGUCAAGAGUCUAGCCUACCCCCAAACCACAUGCUACCCACUCAACGCCCGUCAUUCUCGUCAAUCGGAAAUGUCAACAAGUUGGGCAAUAGACCCUGGAAUUGGAAACACUCCUCAACAUGGUCGUGGCUUGAAGCACGGGAUCUCGGAACUGGGCGAGGACGAAUGA